AUGCGAUUAUUAUUAGUUGAUUAUUGCACAAAGCAAAUUCUUACAUGCACUCUUCAAGCCACUGCACGUACUACACACAAUUGUCUUAUCGUUCGAGGUAAUCCAGACGCUUGUUCAUUGACUGAAGCUGCUCGAGUGAAACAUAAAUCUAUCUUCACAUUAAUUAACAUCAAGCGUGGUGAUUCGCGAAUGAAAAACUUUAAGAGCGAUGUUGCCAUCAUCAGCCAUGAGAAUCUCGAUAAAUAUAAGAAGAAGGAUGAUGAUGAUGAUGAUGAAGACGAAGACUAGCGAAAAGAAAAGAGACAGAGAAAGAGAAUGUGAAGAGGAUCUUGAACCAAUCAAGGUCAUUCCGUAUGCGAAUGCGAAUACCAAGCGACAAAGCUUUUAAGCCUGACGCUUUUCACUUGACUCUAAUGAUGGCCCUCAUUUAUAUAUCCAUCAACCGGCUUUUACAUGUGAUAAUCUGAGUAAAUUGUUCCAAAAAUCUCAAUUUGAAAGAUACUUACAAGUGAGAUGAAAAGAAGAAAACAUUCGCAGUUUGGUUGAGGAAAGCGAUCAACUUUUUCUUUAAAAAUUAUUGGUGCGUGAA